CUGGCCUUGCCCGAUUGGCACCCAACUGAACAUCUCUUUGGCUUCACGACCGGAAAAAAUGGAACCAGCUCCUCAAUCGUCCACCUUCCAACCACUCUCACGGCGAGAAGAAGACGAAUUCCAGAAGCGCAUCAAGCUGGCGGCUUUGAAGCAAUGUGAUCCAGUAGUUGCUGCGUUUGCAUCAUGUUCGAGCACCCGGACUAUCAGUGUGGCAUGGGCAUGUCGGAAAGAAUGGAAGGCGGUCCAGGAGUGCAUGCAAAUACACAUGACUGAAGAAAAACUAGAUCUUGCAAGAAGAGAGUAUAUGACCAAGCGAGAAGAACUUCGAGUACCCUACAAAAAAUUGAGCUGAGAAUUAUCUCAUCUCUUGAUUGCUUUUUUGAUUGAAAUUCUAGACCCUGUAAUAAAUUUGUUGAUUAUGUAGCAGUAGAUCCAAAGGGACCUCAGACUAUAUUAAACAUCAUCUCAUCCAGGGUUAUGAGUGUCAUAUCACAAAGAAAGGCAGCGAGAACCCUAUAUCGUUUGAUUUCAUCAACAUGAUGAGGUUAAG